ACCUACUUCCUGUUUUACCUCAGUUACUUUUUGAAGUUCAGAGUCAGGCAGCAGAUCUGAGAAUGAGCAAACACUGGACAGUCAUGUUGGCUCAAAUGAACUGUCAUUCAUAAAAUGGCGUUUGUCAGAGGAGUUCGCGAGCAGUCUGAAGAUAUUUUUAUGAGCUAGACCGCGCUUCUUUUCUACGAUAAAGAGCUCCCCUCUAGCGGGACCCAGCAUCAUCAUUAUGCCCGAGCUGUCGAAAAUGAAGAAGCCCGACGUCAAGGUGGUCCUCCUGGGAGACAUGAACGUGGGGAAGACGUCGCUGCUCCACAGGUACACGGAGAGGAAGUUCAAAGACACUAUCAGCACCGUCGGAGGGGCGUUUUUCCUUAAGCAGUGGGGACCUUACAACAUCUCAAUAUGGGACACUGCUGGUCGUGAACAGUUCCAUGGGUUGGGCUCCAUGUACUGUCGAGGUGCUGCCGCUGUCAUCCUCACUUACGACGUUACCAACUGGCAAAGCUUAGCUGAGCUGGAGGAGCGCUUCCUGUCCCUGACUGAUACUGCCAACCACGACUGCAUUUAUGCCAUAGUGGGCAACAAGGCUGAUCUCACAGACCCUAACGCCCAGCUGUCCCAGGACUCGGAUGGAGUGUCUCAGGACCAAACUGAGUGUGAGGAAGAAAGGACCGAGCCACAGGUGCUGUCUGCCUGCCCAACACCCCCUGCCUCCCCUGCCUCCCUCUCUGGGAUGGUCCUCCACAAACAGGUUACCCAUGAGGAUGCAGUGGCUCUUUAUGGGAGAAUACUGCGCUAUAAGGGCCUGGAGGAAAAGAGCAGCCUGCCUGCAGAGAAGGUGUGCUUCGAGACGAGUGCCAAGACAGGCUACAAUGUGGACACUUUGUUUGAGACAUUGUUUGACCUGGUGCUGCCUUCCAUCCUGAGGAAGAGAAACGAGAACCAGGAGUCUCCUACAGUUGACCUGGAGGAGUGCAGAGGGGCCAGCAGCAAGCGGGCCAAAUCUACCUGCUGCUAGAAACUGCCAAAAAGAGGCGGAGAGGCCACCGCACGCAGAGACUCGUUUUUAACAAAGGACAAUCAACAGGUCGGUCUGAGCACCAAAUAUAUACUGUGAUGGUACUACUUAUUUGACUUGACUCAGACCCAAUAGCAUAAAUGACCUCCUGGUAACACGCACGCACGCACACACGCACGCACGC